CGGAGGAGGAGGAGGAGGAGGCGGUGGCGGCGGAGGUGGACCGCGAUCGCAAGGAGCACCACCACCACGAGGAGAGAAGCGGAAGAGGAAACGAUCGAGACUCGAAAUCCCCCGAAACCAUGACGCAACAGAGCGGCGCUGGGUCGCCCCAGCAGUUUUGCCUCAGGUGGAACAAUUACCAAACGAAUCUGACCAACGUGUUCGAUCAGCUUCUCCAGAGCGAGAGCUUCGUAGACGUGACCCUGGCCUGCGACGGGCACAGCGUCAAGGCGCACAAGAUGGUCCUGUCCGCGUGCAGCCCGUAUUUCCAGGCAUUGUUCUUCGACAAUCCCUGCCAGCACCCGAUCGUCAUCAUGAAGGACAUCAAGUGGCCCGAGUUGAAGGCCGCCGUCGAGUUCAUGUACAAGGGCGAGAUCAACGUGUCGCAGGAGCAGAUCGGUCCGCUGCUCAAGGUCGCGGAGAGCCUCAAGAUCCGCGGCCUCGCGGACGUGAACAGCGAGCAAGAAUUGACGUCCAGGUCGAGCCUGGAGGAGGUGGCGGCAAACGCGGCGGCGAUGCACAGGAAGAAACGCCGUCGAAUAUCCGGCGAGAGAUCGCCACCGGGCAGCAGCCCCGACCGAUUGGCGCCUGGAAGCAUCCCCGACGAUCAGGACCCCAACUCCGGCGGUGCAGGCGUGAUCGUGCCCGACAUUCACGGGAUGCUCACCAGCAGUUCCACCCCGAGAUCCCUCGGGUCCCCCGGCACUCCCAGCGUCUCGGUUACGCCGCAGAUCAACGUUCAGGAACUCCCGGUAUCGUUGCCUCUGCCACCGCCCCCGCCGCCGCCCCCGCAGGGACAGCAGAGCUCGCACUCCGUCUCCGCUCACCAUGUGCCCGGCCACGUGACUUCCGGUCCCCACGGCUCCGUCAACCACCUGACCGCUCACGGACAGCAACUCGUCGUUCAGCAACAGCAACAGCAACAACAGCAGCAACAACAGCAGCAGCAGCAGCAACAGCAACAACAUCAUCAACAGGGAGUCGCCGGUCAACAGACUCCCGGAGACGAUCUGGAGAUUAAGCCCGGCAUCGCCGAGAUGAUCCGUGAGGAGGAAAGGGCCAAGUUGUUGGAGUCAUCCCACGCUUGGCUCGGAGCCUCCACGUCGAGUAUAGCAGCUGACUAUACGACCCUGCUGAAGCUGAAGGCGCCCACGUGGACGCGGCACGAUCUCCAGGAAGCGAUCGAGGCCGUGGUCACUCAGAAGAUGCGAUUCACCCAGGCGUCCACCAAAUACGGAAUACCGAAAGGCACCCUCUACGACAACAUCCUCGGCAAGACGAAGAGAAUGAUGGUCCUCGAAGAGGCGGGACUGAACUCGAGCGAGGAGACGGCCGUCCUCGAGUUCUGCUGCGACAUCAGCGUCAGUCCCUACAAUCGUCGCACCAAAAAGUCCCUAAACGCGAUCCUGAACUUCGUGGAGAAGCUACGGCGAAAACGCGAUCCAGGCUUCGUCUUUAACGGUCUCUCGGGCUUCCGCUGGUGGUGGGCAUUCUGUAAAAAGCACUCUAUAGUCUCGCUUUACUUCAACGACGAGAACGAGAACGAUCAGUAAAUAAAUAGUCGAGAUUCGAUACCGAUGGAACGGAUCGACUCGCUUCGCGAGAACAGACAUUUCUCGACGGCGCGGCGUCGUCUUCCAGAACGGGCCUCCAAGCGAUCGAGCCUGGCCCCGGGCAUGCCUGGAGGCAAGUCUCGUAUCGUCAGAGGCUCUUAUAUAGAGAAUAACGUGCCUUUUUUAACGAGACCUUCUCAGAGAUUAGAUUUUACCGAUCGACGAUCGUCUCGCGUUCCAUCCUUCUAUUUUUCGAUCGACAUAUUUUUCCACAUUCCACGCACAUUCCGUACUCGCGAACGAACCCAAUUCGCGUUCGAAAUCUACGCUUACUCUUUUAUAGCGGGACCAAUCAAAUUAACGAUAAACGGAUAGCAAUAAUAGCACUAAUAGCAAUGUUUUAUAGUGAUAAGAACGAUAAUAUAUAUUACGUUGUCGCGGCCAACGAUUAUAACCGACGACAGCAUUAGUGCCUUCUGCUCGGCGUCUUCCACUCGAUAGAAUUUAGGGUAAAUUUAGCCGUCGUUUUUCGUCGGCGACUCGAGUCCAAGUAGCAACGAUUAUGGUGCAAAGCGUACGAUCCCCCAAGUUAGAAAUUAAUAUAUAACGCGUCGCGCGCGAUUAUCGACGACGGGCAAGUCUCGGAAAUCGAACGUCGGAGAUUAUUUUGUACGAUUGUUUGCGAUUACGAAACCGUCCGAUCGCGUAUAGCAAUAAAUGGACUGCGAAUGUUGUUCGUGGUAAUGAAAUUAGCCUUAUCCUCGACGGGAGUCGAGUACGAAAUUAUUAUAGUUGUUAGUGUAGUCUGUCGUACAAGAUCGUGCAUUCCUACAACCAGCGAUGGGAUCGACGCCAUUUUAUAAUUUUUUACUUCUUUACUCCAAGACACAAAGCGAUAACAAGUACUUGUUAGGAUUAUCAAUUAAUACGAGCUUAAAACGAAUCGAUCGCGCCAUCUACCCCGUUACAGUCUUCCUACUUUAUCAACACGAAUUACUCUGCUUUUUAUCGUGUUACCGACCGUGUGUUACCGCGUGUUACCUACUAUUCGGAGCUGGAAAGAUGACGAUGCUAAGGAAUUUCGAUUCUUGCAUGCUCGUCAUCUUUUCACCUUUUAAUAGUACUUCCUGUCGAGUACUGUGGCAUCGAAUCGAUCACUAUCGAUAGGUAACGAUCCCAUCGCUGUAACCGAAGUCGGGGCAAACGUUUAAACAGCUCGGGGUCGUGAAACGGAACGUUUAGUCUCACGAAACAGAGAGGGUGGAAGCGGCGAAGAAGAAAGCGGAAGACGGCAGGAACCGCGAUGCACAGGCGACAGACAGGGCCGUAAAAGGCGAAGCUCGUGUGCUCGACGCGAUUGCCGCUCCGGAGAAGCGACCUUGAACGGUUAAAAGCUUUUGUCCCGGCUGUAGCGAAUAAGCGACAGUUUUCAGAGCGCAGUGCCGCCCGAGAUACGCGUCCUUUGUACAUACAUUGCGCAACACGAAUUAACUCGUGGUCCCGUUGGUAAACACACGAUAGUCGCUUUCGCGUCGCGGUAAUACUCGAACGGGCGCUCGUGCGUCAUUGCGCUUCAAUUGCAUCAGAGUUCGCGUUAAACCGAACUCCAGCAAUUAUUCGACGAAUUCGCGGUCCGACUCUCGCAAUAUAUACUCUUACAAGAACCGUGCAAGACCCUCGGGGUCGACGAUUUCCCUCAAACUUCGCGUAUCGGUUCACUCGGGCAGCCUCUUUGCGAGAAACAAUUUUCGAUUGACCAUCGCGGUCAAAACUGUUGGACAAAUGUAAAAAUAAAUAAAAUUGAAAGAAUCUUUAGUUUCUGGAGCAAUGGUACAUUUUCGUAAAGAGGGUGUUCGAAACCUGGUAGCAAAGUUUCAGUUAAAAUGGGCGACUCGAAGUUCUUGCGCUCUCCUUGUUAGCAUCGCUCGACGAGAAGAAACGCGUUACUCGGUCAACGAGACACGUAGACACUUUAGCGUUAAGAUUCUUCAUUCCGUAAUAUACAGAGGAGUCCCGUUACGGACAGUCCACUUUGCGACACCUUCGUUAUUUUUCUCCUUUCUUACCGUUUAUAAAUCGCGAGGACACCAAGGUAGCCUGUCUGUAACGGAACGGCCUGUCGAAUUGUUAGCGCUACCUCGCCGAAACGAGUUCUUUCGUUUCGUUUCGCGUUUCGUGGACGCGUCGCGACGUACAGGCGCCGGGUCCGCGAAUCCUCCGACCCGGAAGCCUGCCGUUAAUUGAUCUUCCGGCCGAGAUAACCGUAAGCCGACGGGGUUCCGAUACUUUGGAGAAUUCCGUGAGCUUCCGAACUACCGUCCCUUUUGUCGCUCGAAAACGGGCCCCGUUCGCGAAGGCCGCGAUGCGAGGAAUGCAGAAUUUACAGCGUUACAGGGCAUCCCUGAAGUUACAAACGACCCGGAGACUCGAUCGUUAUUGCCGUUACGCAUUCUCUGACACGGCAGGCGCCGUAAUUGCGGAAACACCGGAAAUUCGUGCCAUCGGGACAAUUAAUUCGAUAAAAAAAAUUGCCUCCGCCAAGACCAAACACGACGCAUAUUCUUUCAUAUUUAAUUACUUUUAUUGUCUUUGUGCAAAAAUGUUUCUUCGCCGAAAUGCUCCCUAUCGGACGCAACAACGAUCGAGUCUAUGGUUUUGAAAAUAUUGUUAGUAAUUUUUGGAUGUAGAGAAAUUGGGAAAUAUCCGAAGGUAGGGUCCUAAAAGGGUUUCUGUCGAUUGCCCGAUCGCGAUCCUUGGAACACGGAGAGGAACGACUCGCGGUCCCCGGCCGUGGCACGCGUGCGCGUCGGUACACGCGUCCGUCUUUCCAAUUAAUUGUAUUAAUCGUCAAAUUGGAGGAUGCUCAAUUAAACCCAAUAAGUUAACUAUUAAAUAAUCGUUGCGAAUUGAGGCCAACCGUCCGUGGCGUAGCCGGUAUGUUCGAGUUGUAUCGCGCGCGGAGGCAAACGGUUGCGAAGCCUGCGAUUACUGGUUUAACGUUAAGCAAAAUAUUUUCUAUUAAACGAGCGCGCUUACGUUCCGUUACGAACUCAUUCUCUCACUUUUAUUCAGCAGCGAUUGUACGGCCAACGAUAAUACAAUCGAUACGUUUAACGUACACGACGCGGAGUGUCUUUAUUCCCCGUCCCCGAUUUCCCGCCGCAAUUUGCCUUUCAAUGCUCUGUUCGCAGGUACGCUUCGGCCGACCAGCUACGAGGGAACCUAUCCACGUGAUACUUGCACCUUGACUCGAGUUACCUGCGUGUGUCUGGUUAUAUACGCUAUUUACGCCAUUCCCUCGAAUCGUUCGGUCGUACACGAAUCCACCGUGACGAUUCGAGAGGUUUCGAAUAAAUUUACAUUUCGUUCGCGCCAACUCUUUCGCCGUUGAUCGCGCGACCAACUUCUCGAACGAUCGCGAAACAACGAAAUUCGACCACGCGGGAACCGACCGAGAAACGAUCGAAAAGUUGGUCGCGAUCGAUAUUACGUAUAACCGCUUAUCGAUUUUUUCUCUCGCGUCUCCUAUCCCCGAUCGAAACGCGAACAUUUACUAAAGCUGUGCUUUUUCUGUUUUCUCUUUUCCGCGGGGGGCG